AUGGAAGAGCAUCAUGUCUACCACCAUCAUCACCAUCAUUACCACUACCAUUACACCUACCCUUUCCCGCCUGGUCUACCUCCAAAUGCCCCGCAAAACGAUGAGCCUGUGAACCAAGAGGCGGUCGGUCACGACAAUGAGGAGCCAUUGGCUGAAGAUGAGGAGGAGCAGGGGGAGGAACAGGAGGAGGAGGAUUACAGUGAGAGGGGUGAUACCGAAGACCAGCAAAACCCCGAGGAUCGCUCUACCAGCCAAGUCCAGCAGGACGAGCCUCUCACAAAAAUCGAUCCUAGCAGAGUUGGCCUCGCAGUAUUUGAUGACUACUUCAGCCUCUUCAAUCUCGACGCUCAGUCGGCCAAAGCACAAGCUCGCUGGACAAACACUCAGCCCAACAACGAAGAUCACCAAGAAGGUCCCCCAAGAAAGAAGGCCAGAACCAGCGCCCAUUCCGAGCAGCCCAUUUCUCGCGGAGAAACCAGCAACAGUGCUACUCAACCUUGA